CUGCCAUAUUUAAUUUUGUCUGUGACUGUCACGUUUACUAGCAUCGACGUAUUCGUCAAUUUUCGCUGAAAAAAAAGCUAUUUUCUGCUUAAAUGUUUCCCAACAUAAGAUAAUUAAAUGCUGUAGUGACAAUGUCGGAUUCAGAAGGGAGUAAUUUUUCGGGAAGCGGUUCAGAUGCAGGCAGUGUAGUGUCGAAUAGGUCACGAAGAAGUGCUGCUUCAAAUCGUUCGGCUAAGUCGGGCUCUCGUUCACGAUCCCGUUCGCAGUCAGGUAGCCGAAGUCCCUCAAAAUCACCUUCGAGGUCACGUUCUAGAUCCCGAUCACGUUCACGCUCCCGUUCCAGGAGCCGUUCAGCUGGAUCCGAUGGCAGUAAUAACAGAGACGAUGAAGCUAAAGAGGCAUCUGGUGAUGAGGAAGUUGAGGAUGAACAAGAGCCCGAAGGAGAUGAUUUAGUGGACUCAGAGGAAUAUGAUGAGGAUGAAGAAGAAGAAAGACGCAGAAAGAAAAGGAAAAAGGAUAGUCGCUAUGGAGGUUUCAUUAUUGACGAAGCUGAGGUUGAUGAUGAAGUUGAUGAAGAUGAUGAGUGGGAAGAAGGAGCGCAGGAAAUGGGCAUUGUUGGUAAUGAGGUUGAUGAAAUUGGACCCACGGCUCGAGAAAUUGAAGGACGACGCAGAGGAACAAAUUUAUGGGACUCUCAGAAAGAAGAAGAAAUCGAGGAAUAUUUAAGAAACAAAUAUGCCGAUGAGUCGGCUGCCCUCAGACAUUUUGGUGAAGGAGGAGAAGAAAUGUCCGAUGAGAUCACCCAGCAGACUCUCCUGCCUGGAAUCAAGGACCCUAACUUGUGGAUGGUUAAAUGCAGAAUAGGCGAAGAGAAAGCUACAGUACUACUGUUAAUGAGGAAGUUUAUAACUUACCAGAACUCUGAAGAGCCAUUUCAGAUAAAAUCGGUAGUGGCACCUGAAGGUGUAAAAGGCUACAUUUACAUAGAAGCAUACAAACAAACACACGUAAAAGCUAUAAUAGAAAAUGUUGGAAACUUGAGAAUGGGUAUUUGGAAGCAAGAAAUGGUGCCGAUUAAGGAAAUGACGGAUGUUUUACGGGUAGUCAAAGAGCAGUCAGGUUUGAAACCGAAACAGUGGGUUCGGCUAAAAAGAGGUCUCUAUAAGGACGACAUUGCUCAAGUAGAUUAUGUUGAUUUAGCUCAGAAUCAAGUACAUUUAAAAUUGUUACCUAGAAUAGACUAUACAAGACUGAGAGGAGCCUUAAGAACUGUACAGAGUGAGAGUGAGGCUGCUAAACGGAAGAAGAAGCGCCGGCCCGCUGCGAAACCUUUCGACCCUGAAGCCAUCCGCGCUAUCGGUGGCGAAGUCACUUCGGAUGGUGACUUCUUGAUAUUCGAAGGUAACAGAUAUUCAAGGAAAGGUUUUCUUUACAAAAACUUCACAAUGUCUGCUAUAUUAGCAGAAGGUGUUAAACCUACACUUACUGAAUUAGAAAGAUUCGAGGAACAACCCGAAGGAAUCGAUAUUGAGCUCGCAGCUCCUGCGAAAGACGAUCCAACAAGCUUGCAUUCAUUCUCUAUGGGAGAUAAUGUUGAAGUAUGUACUGGCGAUCUUGCCAAUCUACAAGCAAGAAUCAUCGCCAUUGAUGGUUCUAUGAUAACAGUUAUGCCAAAGCACGACGCUUUAAAAGAUCCGCUCGUAUUUAAGCCUAAUGAAUUAAGAAAGUAUUUUAAACAAGGAGAUCACGUAAAAGUAUUGGCCGGUAGGUACGAAGGCGACACUGGUUUGAUAGUGAGAGUCGAACCACACAGAGUCGUCCUCGUGUCCGAUCUGACGAUGCACGAGCUCGAAGUACUCCCCCGAGAUCUGCAGCUGUGUUCAGACAUGGCCACCGGUGUUGAUUCCCUCGGGCAGUUCCAGUGGGGAGACAUGGUUCUCCUCGACGCCCAAACCGUCGGCGUCAUCGUUCGCCUCGAGAAGGAGAACUUCCACGUCCUCGGCAUGCAGGGGAAAGUCAUCGAGUGCAAGCCUCAGGCGCUUCAGAAGCGUCGCGAAGUUCGCUUCACGAUAGCGCUCGACUCCGAGCAAAACUCAAUCCAAAAGAAGGACAUCGUCAAGGUGAUAGACGGACCCCACGCCGGCCGCGAGGGCGAGAUCAAGCAUCUGUACCGGAACUUCGCCUUCCUACAGUCGCGGAUGUACCUCGACAACGGCGGCAUCUUUGUAUGCAAGACUCGUCACCUGCAGCUCGCCGGCGGAGCCAAGAACAACGCCAACACCAACGGUCUCGCGCUCGGCUUCAUGUCGCCGCGCAUCCAGUCGCCCAUGCACCCGUCGGCGCGGGGCGGCGGGGGGCGCGGGCGCGGACGCGGGGGGCGCGGGCCCGUCGCGCGCGACCGGGAGCUCAUCGGGCAGACCAUCAAGAUCACGGGCGGGCCCUACAAGGGCAACGUGGGCAUCGUGCGCGACGCCACGGGCAGCACGGCGCGCGUGGAGCUGCACGCCGCCUGCCAGACCAUCUCCGUGGACCGCGGACACAUCGCGGCGGCCGGCGGGCCCACCGGCGCCCCUCGCGGGGGAGUAUCCAGCUACGGACGCACGCCCAUGCGGUCGGGCGCGCACACGCCCACGUACCGCGAGGCGGGGCUGAAGACGCCGCUGCAGGGCGCGGCCACGCCCGUGUACGAGGCGGGCAGCCGCACGCCGCACUACGGCUCCAGCACGCCGGCGCACGACGGCGCGCGCACGCCCGCGCACCCCGCGUGGGACGCCGCCGCGCACACGCCGCGCCCCGACCUGGACCUGGCGCUGGCGCUCAACCUGCCCAACUCGCCGCCGCCCGCCUACGACUCCGCCUACUCGCAAGGACCCUUCACGCCGCAGACGCCGGGCACCAUGUACGGCUCGGACCACACGUACAGCCCGUACCGGCCGAGCCCGAGCCCGGGCGCCUACGCGGCCGGCUACCUCGGCACGCCGAGCCCCGCCGGCUACUCGCCCAGCUCGCCCUACCCGGACGAGGAUGCGGACUGGCAUACGCCCGACCUGGAGGUGCGCGUGCGCGGCGGCGCGGAGGCGGCGCUGCGCGGGCAGACGGGCGCGCUGCGCGGCGUGUCGGGCGCCACGUGCGCCGUGUUCCUGCCGCACGAGGACCGCGUGCUCAACCUGCCCUCGCACCUGCUGGAGCCCGUCGUGCCGCACAGCGGGGACCGCGUCAAGGUGAUUGCGGGCGAGGACCGCGAGGCGGUGGGUCAACUGAUCUCCAUCGAGAACCAGGAGGGAGUGGUAAAGUUCGGUACCGACGACAUCAAGAUCAUGCAACUGCGACACCUCUGCAAGAUGGCCGCCACAUAGGACCGUACCUAACGAGAACGCGAGGAUAACAGAUACAUGAUAUUUGAAAUGUAUAAUCGUAAUAUAUUCAUUGUUAAAUCUCAUAUUUUGGAGCUUACGAACCAUUUUCAUUUCAACCCAUAAUGCACUUUUUCCGUAUACAAUUUCCAAUUAUUCGUUCAAGGUUUGGGGAGUGAGAUAUAUAAUUUUUUUUUAUCAUAGAAUUCAGUUCUAGCAAAUGUUCCAUGAUCUUCAAAAGACAAUAAAAAAUUUAUGUGCACACAAAAAUAUAUUAAAAGCCAUUGUUAUCCGCUAGUUACUCAUUUUGUUACUCGAUGUGUGGACUUACAUGAAAUAGAUAAUUAGUAUGGCUGACAUUUUAUUUUUGGUACUCAAUGUAUGGUUACAAAGCACAUAACGAAAUCGGAAAAUACAAGUUUACCGUAUAUUCAACCGACCAGUGAUGCCUUAAUAUUAUGGAGGUGCAUAUUAUAACCUUCUAUGUUUGUUUUACGGUCAUAAUUCAAAGAAAAUUCACUAUUGUUUACUGAAAUAAACAUUAUGCAAGCUA